AUGGGCUGUGCCUUCGAAGAGGCGACCUUCUUCGAACUCUAUGGCAUCACCCCUUCCCAGGUGGCAUACAACUUUUACGUCCUGGGACUUCCGUACCACCGUCCUAACCCAGUCUUACACAUCCAGGAGGCCGAGUUGGGGACUGCGGAAAGACUGCGCAAACCUGAGGAUGCCCCGCUGGUCAUCGACAUAGGCAUGGGUCUGGGAGCUGAUUCGCGCUACUUCCUGUCCCAGGGCUUUCGUGUUGUUGCCGUGGAAGCGAACAGACGCGCCAUCGAGGUCGCCAUGACAAUUGACUGGGUGAAGCCUUUGGUCCUGGAGGGGCAACUCGUGUUUCUUCAUGCUGCAGUUGCGCCUCCGGGAGGUGGCGGAAGCACGACAACCGUCUAUGCUUUCGACGAUCGUCCGGAGCAGAGCAAUGCACAGGCAUGGGUAGAAGAGGUCGGAGGUGUGGCCACCUCUGUCCGCACUAUCGAAUGUGCUGAUUUGCUGCGCCUGUUUGGCCAAGCAGUAUACAUGAAGAUCGAUGUGGAAUCCAGUACCAUCGAUUGUUUGGACUCCCUGGUGCAAUCUCAAAGAGAUGCUCCGGGCCGGCAGCCCGUUCUGCCGAAAUUCCUUUCCAUGGAGCUGGAGGCGGCAUCGCUGUUCGAUCCCUUCCACAGAAAGUUAAAAGAGUUGGGCUACCUCUUCUACAAAGCCUGUCGUCAGUAUGUCUAUUCUCCUUCGCCCUGCGAGCAAGGGCGAUACAGCAGAGAGGUGCCGGGCUGUGGAAGUGGUCCCUUCGGUGUGGCCGCUGUGGACUACCUCCGUGGCUUGAGGUGGAGCCCCAUCGACGAGUUACCAACCGACAUGCAGUGGGUAGAGGAGUUUGAGAAGGGCCUGGAUUGGUUCGACUUGCAUGCCAUGCGAGUGGCAUAG